AUGCGCCAAGGUCAUGUAUAUAUAUGUAGGUGGAUGGAGAUGGGCCCUUUUUCCACCCAUCCAGACACCCCAGGACAGGCAGACAGACAGACCAAGCAGACAAGCAUCGAGCAGGCAUCCCGCGACUUGUCCAACCAACCAACCAACCGCCCGUCAGUCAGUCAGUCAGUCCACCUCCUCCGCCGCCAGUCGAAGCGAGAAAAAGAGGGUGUCGUCAAGCGAGCCUCUUCCGCCCUGGCAGGGCUGCUCCACCACUUGGAAUACCCGCCGUCCUCUAACCGUCGCUCGAAGCAAGUCCUUACUCUGUCACGCCUGAACCAAAGAAGAAAACGACCGCCAGGGGAUGCACAUAAUCUCCCGUCCUCAAAGUUCCAGCUAGGGAGGAGGGCCAAAAAGCAAGACAGCCAACCGACCAGGCGGAUAUCCAGGUUCAUUUCUCCUACCGACGCCCCUUGUCCUUGGGGCUUGCUGGCCGGGGAAGAUGGAUAUCAGCGGGUAACUAACAAGCAGCCUAGCAUUGAAAGUACGGAUGCUGAGUCCUGUAUUGUAAGUAGUAUGUAG